UCAUCCAUCGUACCCAGAAUGCAAAGUGAGCCACCGAAACCUCAGCAGCUUCAAGCUUUCCAGGUUAUCAUGGCGAUAAGAGACACAUCUUCCCCUUGAGUCCCUGCAGCAGCAACAAAGGAUAUCUCCCUCCUCUACAUGAAAACACACACAGAGUUCCAUGCAGAGCGGAGACCUGCCGGAGUUUUAGCCCAGAUUGGAGAAAGGACAUAGCGUGUAACCGUCAUGGCAGCGUCGGAGCUGUACACAAAGCGUGCUCGGGUGUGGAUCCCCGAUGCAGAGGAGGUGUGGAAGUCUGCUGAGCUGACAAAGGACUUCAAAAAUGGCGACGCCUCCCUGCAGCUCAUGCUGGAGGAUGGAACGAGCAUUGAGCACAAGCUGGACCCCAAGACGAAGAACCUGCCUUACCUGCGAAACCCCGACAUCUUGGUGGGCGAGAAUGACCUCACAGCACUCAGCUACCUCCACGAGCCGGCCGUGCUGCACAACCUCAAAGUCCGCUUCAUCGACUCCAAGCUCAUCUACACUUACUGCGGAAUCGUUCUGGUGGCCAUCAACCCGUAUGAGACGCUGGGAAUCUACGGGACAGACAUCAUCAAUGCCUACAGCGGCCAGAACAUGGGAGACAUGGACCCCCAUAUCUUCGCUGUGGCAGAGGAGGCUUACAAACAGAUGGCAAGGGAUGAGAGGAACCAGUCGAUCAUUGUGAGUGGGGAGUCCGGAGCCGGAAAGACGGUAUCAGCCAAAUACGCCAUGAGAUACUUUGCUACGGUCAGCGGCUCCACCAGCGAGGCCAAUGUAGAGCAGAAAGUCUUGGCUUCCAACCCCAUCAUGGAGGCAAUUGGAAAUGCAAAGACCACCCGAAAUGACAACAGCAGUCGCUUUGGGAAAUACAUCGAGAUCGGCUUCGACACCCGCUACCGUAUCAUUGGUGCCAACAUGAGAACGUAUCUGUUGGAGAAAUCACGAGUGGUGUUUCAGGCGGACGAGGAAAGGAAUUAUCAUAUUUUCUAUCAGCUCUGUGCAUCAUCCCAUCUGCCUGAGUUCAAGACUCUGAAGCUGAGCAGUGCAAACGACUUUUUGUACACCAGGCAGGGCCGCAGCCCCGUCAUCCACGGUGUGGACGACACCAAGGAGCUGUCCACAACUCGCAAUGCCUUUACAUUGCUCGGUAUUAAUGAGUCCUAUCAGAUGGGAUUGUUCCAGGUUUUGGCUGCUAUUCUUCAUCUGGGAAACGUGGAGAUAAAGGACAAAGACUCAGACAGCAGCCUCAUUCCUCCCAACAAUCGCCACCUGACGGCGUUCUGCGAGUUGGUAGGCGUGACCUACCAGGACAUGUCUCAGUGGCUGUGCCACAGGAAGCUGAAGACGGCCACAGAGACCUAUAUCAAGACCCUCCCCCGCCUGCAGGCCACCAACGCCCGUGACGCGCUUGCCAAACAUAUCUACGCCAAGCUCUUCAACUGGAUUGUGGAGCAUGUUAACAAAGCCCUAAUCACCAAUAUCAAACAGCACUCCUUUAUCGGGGUCCUGGACAUCUACGGGUUUGAGACGUUUGAGAUCAACAGCUUUGAGCAGUUCUGUAUCAACUACGCUAAUGAGAAACUCCAGCAGCAGUUCAACAUGCAUGUGUUCAAGCUGGAGCAGGAGGAGUACAUGAAGGAGCAGAUCCCCUGGACUCUGAUUGACUUCUACGACAAUCAGCCCUGCAUCAACCUCAUAGAAGCCAAGAUGGGCAUCCUGGACCUGUUAGACGAGGAGUGCAAGAUGCCCAAAGGUUCGGAUGAUUCGUGGGCUCAGAAACUCUACAACACCCACCUAAAGACCUGCUCCCUCUUCGAAAAACCACGCAUGUCCAACCGCGCCUUCAUCAUUCAACAUUUCGCUGACAAGCAGGUGGAAUACCAGUGUGAAGGUUUCCUGGAGAAGAACAAGGACACAGUGAACGAAGACCAGAUAAAUGUGCUGAAGGCCAGCAAGAAGUUUGACCUGCUGGUGGAGCUGUUCCAGGACGAGGAGAAAACCACCAGUCCCACUGGUCAGGUCCCUGGCACCGGAGGCCGGACCCGCCUCAGCAUCAAACCUGACAAGGGCCGUGACAAGAGCAGCAAGGAGCACAAGAAGACUGUCGGCUGCCAGUUUCGUAACUCUCUGCAAAUGCUGAUGGAUACUUUGAACGCAACCACUCCCCACUAUGUCCGCUGCAUCAAACCCAAUGACUUCAAGUUGGCCUUCUCGUUUGAUCCUAAACGUGCAGUGCAGCAGCUCAGAGCCUGUGGUGUCCUGGAAACCAUCCGCAUCUCCGCUGCAGGUUUCCCGUCCAGAUGGACGUAUCAGGAGUUCUUCAGCCGUUACAGAGUGCUGAUGAAGCAGAAGGAUGUGUUAUCUGACAAGAAGUUGACAUGCAGAAACGUUUUGGAGAAACUGGUGCAGGACCAGGAUAAAUACCAGUUUGGUAAGACCAAGAUCUUCUUCAGGGCCGGCCAGGUCGCCUACCUGGAGAAGUUGCGGGCGGACAAGUUGCGUGUUGCCUGCAUUCGCAUCCAGAAAACCAUCCGUUGCUGGCUGGCGCGCAAGAAGUAUCUGCGCAAGCGCAGCGCUGCCAUCACCAUCCAGAGGUUCACCAGAGGAUACCAGGCUCGCUGCCUGGCCAAGUUCAUGCGUCGCACGCAGGCGGCCACCAUCAUCCAGAAGUACCAGAGGAUGUGCAUGGAGAGGAAACGCUACAGGCAGAAGCAGGCUGCUGCUCUGGUCAUGCAGACGAUCCUCCGAGCUUAUAUGGCCCGGCAGAAGUACCAGGGGUUACUGCGGGAGCACAAUGCGGUGAUCAUUCAGAAGCGCGUUCGCGGCUGGUUGGCUCGGUGCUGGUACAAGCGCUGCCUCGUCUCACUCGUCUACCUGCAGUGCUGCUUCCGCAGGAUGAAGGCCAGACGCGAGCUGAAGAAACUGAAGAUCGAGGCUCGCUCAGUGGAGCACUUCAAGAAGCUCAACAAAGGCAUGGAGAACAAGAUCAUGCAGCUGCAGAGGAGAAUCGACGAGCAGACCAAGGACAACCGGUCAAUCAACGAGAAGCUAGUCAGUCUGGAGACUUCGUCCACAGCAGAGAGGGAGCGGAUGCGAGGCGAGCUGAGCCGGCUGCGCGGGGUGGAGGAGGACGCCAAGAACAAAGGCAACCAGGUGACCUCGCUGCUGGAGCAGCUGGAGAAGCUGAAGAAGGAGCUGAGUUCCACACAGAAGGAGAAGAAGACCAUCGAAGACUGGGCGCAAACCUACAGGGACGAAAUGGAGAAAAUGGUCUCGGAGCUGAAGGAUCAGAAUUGCUCGCUAAAGAAAGAGAAGGACGACUUGAACAGGUUGAUUCAGGAACAGAGUCAGCAGAUGACAGAGAAAAUGGCCCGUGCUAUAGUAGAGAAGACUCAGCAGCUGGAGACGGAUCUGAACGAGGAGCGAUCUCGCUACCAGAAUCUCCUGACAGAACACCUCCGCCUCGAGGAGAAAUACGACGACCUGAAGGAGGCGAUGGUUUCCUCGAACGUGUCCAAGCCUGGCCACAGGAGAACAGAUUCCACCCACAGCAGCAACGAAUCCGAGUAUACCUACAACUCAGAGUACGCCGAAUUGGAAGAAGGUUCCCGUGCUGCCGAAGAUGUGACACGAGGAAUGGACACCUCGCUGACCCUGAAGCUGCAGAAACGUCUCACCGAACUGGAGCAAGAAAAGCAGUCGCUGCGCAACGAACUGGAAAACCGAGAGGACCAGUUCCAGCGGGCUAGAGCCAGGGAUGACGUAGAGUUUAAAAAGGCUCGCGGGGCAGAGCUGGAGUACGAGUCCCUUAAGCGCCAGGAGCUGGAGUCGGAGAACAAGAAACUGAAACAUGACCUGGCGGAGAUUAGGCGAAGCCUGCUGGGUAAUGCAGCUACAGGCGCCGGGGCCCCGGGCUCCCCAGCUUACAAAGUGGUCUUGGAGCAGCUCAACGCCUCCUGUGAGGAGCUGGAGGUCCGUAAGGAGGAGGUGCUGAUCCUGCGCUCCCAGCUGGUCAGCCAGAAGGAAGCCUUGCACCACAAGGAUGAGAAGGAGACUAUGACCGAGCCUUCCACCUAUGUUGAGGAUGUGUCCAAACUGAAGGACGCUGGUGAACUCAAGCAAGCUUACAUAGGCCUCAAAGACACCAACAGGUUACUGGAGCACCAGCUGCAGACUCAGCGGAGAAGUUACGAUAGCGAGGUGGAGUCGUUGCGCGGCGAGCUGCAGAAUGUCAAGGAGGAGAACAACCGUCAGCAGCAGCUCUUGGCCCAAAACCUCCAGCUGCCCCCAGAGGCCCGAAUCGAAGCCAGUUUGCAACACGAGAUCACCCGGCUCACCAACGAGAACUUGGAACUCCUGGCUGAAGAUCCCACAGCAUCCAGAGAGGCGCGAGUCAUCAUUUUACGACGGAUGGUUGAUCUAAUGGAGCAGCUGGAGAAGCAGGACCGAACCAUCCGCAAGCUCAAGAAGCAGCUGAAGGUUUACUCCAAGAGGAUCGGCGAGAUGGGCGCGGGUCAAACCGAGGGACAGACGUCUCCAGGACAGAUGGUGGACGAGCCGAUUCACCCUGUCAACAUUCCCCGGAGGGAGAAAGAUUUCCAAGGGAUGCUGGAGUACAAGAAGGAGGAUGAGCUCAAACUGGUCAAGAACCUCAUCCUUGAGCUGAAGCCUCGGGGUGUAGCUGUGAAUCUGAUCCCAGGUCUGCCAGCCUACAUCCUGUUCAUGUGUCUGAGACAUGCAGACUACGUCAACGAUGACCAGAAGGUCCGCACCCUGCUCACCUCAACCAUCAACAGUAUUAAGAAGAUCCUCAAGAAACGAGGAGACGACUUUGAGACGGUCUCCUUCUGGCUGUCUAACACCUGCCGCUUCUUGCACUGUCUGAAACAAUACAGCGGCGACGAGGCCUUCAUGAAGCACAACACGCAGAGGCAGAAUGAACACACUCUGUCCAACUUCGACCUGGCAGAGUACAGACAGGUGAUCAGUGACCUGGCCAUCCAGAUCUACCAGCAGCUGAUCAAAUGCAUGGAGAACAUCCUCCAGCCCAUGAUAGUCUCUGGCAUGCUGGAACACGAGACCAUCCAGGGCGUGUCGGGGGUGAAGCCCACAGGUCUGCGUAAGAGGACAUCUAGUAUCGCCGACGAGGGCACCUACACCCUGGACUCCAUCCUGCGCCAGCUCAGCGCCUUCCACUCCACCAUGUGCCAGCACGGCACCGACCCCGAGCUCAUCAAGCAGGUUGUGAAGCAGCAGUUCUACAUCAUCGGAGCCGUCACUCUCAACAACCUUCUGUUACGCAAGGACAUGUGCUCCUGGAGCAAAGGCAUGCAGAUCAGGUACAAUGUGAGCCAGCUGGAGGAGUGGCUCCGAGACAAAGGUCUGAUGAUAUGCGGAGCCAAGGAGACUUUGGAGCCUCUGAUCCAGGCCGCUCAGCUGCUACAGGUGAAGAAAAAGACUGACGAGGACGCCGAGGCCAUCUGCUCCAUGUGCCUUGCCCUCACCACUGCUCAGAUCGUGAAGGUCCUGAACCUCUACACUCCAGUCAACGAGUUUGAGGAGAGAGUAUCCGUUGCAUUCAUACGAACCAUACAGACCCGCUUGCGAGACCGUUGUGAGAGUCCCCAGUUGUUGAUGGACACCAAGAUGAUUUACCCGGUCACUUUCCCAUUCAACCCUUCCUCCCUCGCCCUGGAAACCAUCCAGAUCCCCAGCUCGCUCAACCUGUCGUUCCUCACCCGUGUCUAAACCAAGGCCCCACAGGCCGGCUCUGAGCCCCGCUGCCAUUUUGAUGUAGUGGCCACAGUUGGAAUUGCAAGUCACAUGACACUUACUGGCUCUCAAGACUUUCUACGAAACAAUCGUCACGUCAAUAAAAAAAAAAUAUAUAUAUAUAUAUAUAUAUCGCAGGUUCAAACCCAUUGCUUCUACUAUGACUACUCCACCAAUGUUACGCUGUGAAAACAGUUAGGCACUAGUUAGGCAGACUUUUAUGGUCCAAGAGGCUUUCUGGUAAAGCACAUAGAGCUGGAUAUUCUUGCUAAAAAAGUCAUUCGGACUUACGAUGUGAGGGACAUGGCCUUUCCAAAUUGCUGUUAAUAACAGCGCCCCCAAGCGGCUGAUUGGGCUCAUAUUUCUUGGAAAGCACAUCGCUUCCAGUUAUUGGACCAAGUUUCAUGUUUCUUGCUUGUUCCAGCUCACGGAAAUUUGGGUCACUUUGGCAGCAACAAAUAACAAAUCAUUAUCCCCCUUCAGCUUUUUAAUCCUUAAAAUUCCGAGCGUCACAAACACAAAUUAGGAUUUGUAUUAACACAAUUUGAGCAACAAUGUCCAAACAAUUAACUGAGAAGUCAAGAUUGAAGACUCAAAGAGAUUCUAAUUCAGAACUCUCCCUGGUUUGAACCUGUAAAUUGACACAUACAAUUAAACACACAAACCCAACCACAUGCUGAACUUUCAGCCUGCAUCUGUACAAUACUCGCAUCCUCUGAACAUACACAUGCACGCCUGCACUCAACGUGCACCUUCUCUCUUACAAAACGCACCGAUACACACGAAACCCGCGGUCGCUGCCGCUGGUUCAAACCUGGCUGUAAAACGGCAUCAUCCAUCCGCUGCUUGUAAAAACGCCUGCCUCUUAGAGAAGCCACAGGACCAGUUCAAUGCUUCCAGUACUCGCUCUCCAUCGACACCUGGGCCUGUCUUACUGGUCUUGACCCUGUUUACCCCAGCUCCCUUCUCUGUGUUUUAACUAGCUGUUAAGAUAGUUAUUGUUGUCAUCGUCUCGUUCUCCGGUGAGAAUGUACGUACCAAUACACAGGAGCGGGCCCGAAAGGAGGUGUUGAGUCCUCGCAAAGAGAAAUAACUUGAUAAGCUGUAGUGUAGCUUGGUAUGUGAGGUCUCUAUUUAAUAGGCAAAGUGAAUUCUGAGUCCCAGUCAGAUGCCAGCUGAGUGAUACCGUGCUAAAAUUAGCUCUCUCCACCCCAUGUUGAGGUAACCUGGACCAGGCUUCAUUCUGUAUGUUGACAUUUUACUCUCUGAACACAGUCAGGCCAAGACAGAACUCAUCGUCUGUACUAUAUUAUUUAUACAUAUAUAAAUAUGAAUAAUAUAUAUCUUGUAUUUUAUUUAUUGCAUUUACCUCCGUCCCCACCCUCCCUUUUUUAGAUUAGAAGCUUUUUCUUUGCAGAAAACAUGUCCAAUAUAUAUGAAGGAUGGGACCAUUUUUAACAGCUUUGUAAGGACAAUUUUAGUUUUAGUUCCAUUGCAGGCUAUUUAUGUCAACAUCAGGUAAAUUAUGUAGUAUAGUUUUAGGAGUGCCCGCACAGACAAUUAUUUUUUAGGUCACGUCUUCAUUUAGUUGUGUCGCAAUAUCAUGUUUUUAUCCUGCAUGUCUGUCAGAUUAAGUGUAGCACAGGUUUUAAGUGAGAAGAGAUUUCAAAGGUACAAGGUUUAAGCUCUGACAAGGGUUUAAGCUGCUACAGUCUAUACUGUUUACAGCUGUGACCAGAGCUGAGAAUCACAGGAAACACUUGGACAAAGAUAUUUACUCACACACACACACACACACACACACACACACACACACACACACACACACACUACACUUUGCUUACUGCUGUAUCACUGGGAGUUUUGCCCUCCUAACAGCUUUCCUCUCUCGACUUGUCUUCUCUGGUCACAGCUCUAGUCAGAGCAUUGAAACGGUUUUACUAUUAUCAAUGUGGAACUAUUUAUUUCAGUAUUGUCAUUUUCUUAAGUAUCAAAGUUAUGUAUAUCGUGAAGCCAUGUAUCACUGAGCAGAAUGGACGGAAAAAGGUUUUUCUUAAGUUGGUUUUGGAGAGUUUGUAUUAAAAUGUGUUUAGCUUUCCAACAAUGUUUUCUGCUUUAUUCCCACACGUACACUAACUGCAGCUUUGUGGACCGAUUCCACCCUAUGCCUUCCUGUUUAGUGGCCAAGAAAGCACAACAUGGGCCUUUUUAAUACCGAAAAACAACCGAUUAUGUUUGCGCUUUUUCUACAUCAGGGUUAAGUUUAGAGUUACUUACAAAUCGGUACCUUUUUUUGUUUAACUGUUUUGUUUAGUCUUAAACCAUUAAUCUAAGGAAGUAUAGAUCAAAAUGUUUUUGCACUACAGAGAGCUGGGGAUAUAUCAGUGAACUUGCUCUGGUGAAGAUAGAGAGAAAUAAAAAAUAUUUUAUCAAUUGAAGUAUCUCAUUAAAUGCCAUAUUAAGCAGAUCACUCUCCCUCUGACAGGAACUAGCUACAGACUAACACAAAUUGGAAGUGGAGUAAAGAGAAGUUGGUAUGUGUAAUUGUUUUGUGUUGCACCUGUAUUUGAAAAUAAUUGGAUAUCCAUAUGCUCUCAUCGGGACCACAUGUUAUCAGUCUGCCUUUUGUUAUAGUUUGGAAUAGUAGGUAGUUUAAACUAUGGUUUGUGUAAAGAGUACAUAUCUGUGGGAAGGAAGACUGUAACUGAAGGAAUAAUUAACCAUAUGAAUGUUUCUAAAUGUUAAUAAAGUGUAUCAUGUUAGCUGCACAUUGUUGGACAAAGCCUUAUCUGAAUUAUUUGCUAUCUGAAUGACUUAAAACACAUUAUCAACAUUGUGGCAUUGUUCUGUCAUUAAAAUGAAUAUAAAUUGUUAUGUUUAAUGCCAUAAGUUAACCAGAACUAUGGGAGUCUGGACGCUUGGCCAAAAGGAACAAAAGGAUGGAGGUCCUACAGUUGGUGUCACAGAUGGGUUGCACUGUUUAGCCAUCAGUCCAAAUGCACUUUUUAGACAUUGCGGAGGAAGUCCGAUAAAUGAUAGAUGGAUAAGGAUUGUAAAAAGAAAUACUUUUUUCUUUUGACUCCCACCACCUUUCUACUGAGCUGCAACCCAUAAAGCCCCCUCUACAAGAUUCCCUGUGCGAGUGGGCACUUCACUUUCUUAAUCAGUGAUUUUUCUUGCUGUUUUAUUAAAACUAUCAAUAACCCAAGCCACAAGUGAAGAAGACACGCACUCUUGUGAAUGUCAGUGAUGCAGCACCAGCCAUCUCAGACUCGGUCAGACAAUCCGUGUGGACUGAUGUAUUGAGAGUGCAGAGUGGGUAGGCUGGCCUAGUUUAGAGGAGAAAAACCACGGUCAUUCAUUGGGUCGUAUUGUUGAGCAGAGCUGCAACGUCUUUUUGCCCUGGGCUUCUCUUGGGCUCUCAAAUGGGAGAAAGUGUCAUUCCUUCACUCUGCAUUUUUACAUUAAGGAGAGAGGUGGUUGUAUGAUACAAUGUAGACAUUAUAAAUGACCAUUGUUCUUAUGAGCACUAGCAUUGAUUGUGCCAUUUUAAAAAAUUGUUCAAACGGAACAUACAGUAUAUCAUCAUCCCAGCUGUUGUGGUACUGGUGUGAACAUGCUGAAGCCAGUACCAAACGUUCCCUCUCUGACCCAUGUGUACAUUUGACAAACUGUACUGUUUGUAGUUUCUGCUAGCUGUGCUUAGUGAAUGUGUUCACCGUUAAGAAACUAAGAAACUUGGAAUAAAUUGUCAAAUCUGUAAAAGUAAAAUAAAAGAAUUCAGCACUGUU